AACUCAGGGCGGCUCAGUGUAUGCCCUUGAGACCCUUCAUGCCUGCAUUUCCCUUAUUUCCAUUGUCAACACGACCCAUGACGGGAAAGAGGGGGAAAUCUUGGUGGUAAAGGAGGUUCCUGGCUUUCAUCCCUUUUCUUUUACUUCUUCUUUCUUGACCAGGGAAACGAGCAUCCAGUGAAGCCACAUCUGCCGUGCUGAGAAAGAAACCAGAAUCGAGUGGCUAUUGAGGAAUUUGGAAACCAAGAGUGCAGUCAGAGAACCAAUGGUGAAGGAAGAAGAAAUCCUCUCCAGGUGCUGAUCGUGCAGAACUCUUGGCCUCAUUCACAGAUCCAAAGGGGAAAAAAGAAGAGUCAAGUGUCUAUCGUUCGGUAAAAAAUAAAUACCACUCUCAAGAUGGGGAAGAAACACUAUAAAUGUUCUGAAUGUGGGAAGAGCUUUCAAGACACGCGCCUUCUGCAGCAACAUGAAGUAAUUCACACUGGGGAGAAACCCUACACGUGCUUGGAAUGCGGAAAGAGCUUUGCGCUGAGAGAAAAUCUGCACAAGCAUCAGAAAACUCACACUGGGGAGAAACCCUACACGUGCCUGGAGUGUGGGAAGAGCUUUUCGCUGAGAGAAAAUCUGCAGAAACAUGAGAAAACUCACACUGGGGAGAAACCCCAUACAUGCAUAGAGUGUGGAAAGAGCUUCACUCAGAGUGGGAGUUUACGUGUACAUCAACGGACUCACACUGGGGAGAAACCCUAUGCAUGCUUGGAGUGUGGAAAACACUUCACUCAGAGUAGAAAUCUACAUUCACAUCAAAAAACUCACACUGAGGAAAAACCCUACACAUGUCAGGAGUGUGGGAAAAGCUUCCGUGAGAGUGGAAGUCUACGUGUACAUCAACGGACUCACACUGGGGAGAAACCCUAUACAUGUGGGAAGUGUGGAAAGAGCUUCACUGCGAGUGGGCGCCUGCAUUUACAUCAACGGACUCACACUGGAGAGAAACCCCAUAUAUGUGUGGAGUGUGGAAAGAGUUUCACUGAAAGUGGGAAUCUAUAUCAACAUCAAAGGACUCACACUGGGGAGAAACCCUAUAAGUGCCUGGAGUGUGGGAAGAGUUUUGCAUUGAGUUCACAUAUACGUAGACAUCAAAGGACUCACACUGGAGAGAAACCCUAUCAGUGCACAGAGUGUGGACAGGCCUUUGCGCAUAGUGGAAGUCUGCGUUCCCAUCAAAGGACCCACACCGGGGAGAAGCCCUAUCCAUGCCUGGAGUGUGGGAAGAGCUUUGCUGUGAGUCAAAAUCUGCACAUACAUCGAAGGAUCCACACUGGGGAGAAACCCUAUACAUGUCAGGAGUGUGGAAAAAGCUUCCGUGGGAAAUGCUAUUUAAAUUCACAUCAAAAGACUCACACAGGGGAGUGUGGAAUGAGCUUCUCUCAAAAUAAAAAUCUACAUUCCCAUCAAAGGACUCACACUGGGGAGAAGCCCUAUCCAUGUCAGGAGUGUGGGAAAAGCUUCCGUGAGAGUGGAAGUCUACGUGUACAUCAACGGACUCACACUGGGGAGAAACCCUAUACAUGUGUGGAGUGUGGAAAGAGCUUCACUGUGAUAAUAAAUCUGCGUUCACACGAAAAGAUUCACACUGGGGAGAAACCAUACAAAUGCCUCGAGUGUGGAAAGAGCUUUGUGCUGAGUUCAGGUCUACGUUCCCAUCAAAGGAUCCACACUGGGGAGAAGCCCUAUCAAUGCCUGGAGUGUGGAAAGAGCUUCACUCAGAGUGGGGCUUUACGUGUACAUCGACAGACUCACACUGGAGAGAAACCCCAUACACAGUUCAAAUGAACGUAGACAUCAAAAGACUCACCUUGGUGAGAAACCAUAAACAGGCAGUCCUGGGUUGGAAACAGGAUCCCUUCUGUAGGUUUGCUCUUAAGUUGAAUUUGUCUGUAAGUCAGAACAGAUGUCUUUUAAAGUAUAAUCCCAAACCAAAGGGUGUUUGAGAAGAGAAUAGAGACACAGAGGUGGGAAGUUGAGAAAAGCAAAAUUACAGGCAGAAGGGGGAACAAAGGUUUGAUGUCAUGGCCGUGUUUGCAUCAAGUGAGACUACAAAACCCAUGAUCCAGAGACAGUUAAACAUGGCACUCGCUUGACUUGAUUGUAAACACGCCUUAGUUACUCUGCAGACUUAAAGUAUUGUAAUCUCCUCGAUUCCUUGUCUGAAUUGGAAAGUGCAAAGGACCAGGCAUGUCAGGGGCACAGAGCACCAACACCUGGGAGUCCUGCUUGGUGCAGUGACCGCUGGUGGGUGGGCUGGUUGGUGUCAUGUUGCCAGGGCUCUGCCUUAUUUAGGUAGAGAUGAAUCUGUUGCACCUCAGGGUAGUUUUCACCUUGCUCCCAAACACCAAUACACCAAAGCUGUAGAUUUUGUAGUUUAUUGAGAAAAAGGCAAAAUCAAAGCAUAAUCCUUUAACCAAUGGUCAAACAAGAGUCCAUGAAAAACAGUAGACAACCAGGCCCAAAUCCCAGACUCAGGAAGCCAGAAGCAUGCUGCUUAAAGCCAAGGUUAAUCCAUAGAAGUUGGCAAGGAAAGAGCCACGUUGAACUGACAACCCCUGUAUAUCAGCGAGAAUGCUAAAUGCCCUUUGCCAACAUGAACGCAUUGCAAUGACCUUUGGUAGACUUGGCUUCUUGCUUGCUAGUCAAGCGAGAGCUUCUCUGUCUUAAUUGUGUAAAGAAUGAAUGUUUUGAAUGCAUGCAGAGGAACAGAAAAGCAGGCCUGAAGAAAACCAACAUGGAGUUCUCGCAAGGCAUGAUAUGGGAGGGCCUUGGUAGUCGAAGCGAGGAGGCAGCAAGGCAUAACUGAAUGACAAUGGAAAAUAAGGUGUGCGGCCAUGCAUGUAAGGAGUACGAGCAGUGUGCAGGUGUAUCCCAUAAGUCAUGAGGCCUGGAAUGUGAAUGUCCUGAACUUUGGGGAGAACAAGGACUUGAAAAGACUUGAAAGAGAACAGAACAACCUGAUUAUUGAAAUGAAGAAAAAUGGAUUUUGGCCUAUAAAUGCAGGGGACCCCGACAACAUGCACGCUUCCUGAUCCAUGGCAACGGAGCAUCCACACCUCCUCGGAAAAGAUUGAUCACCUUUGCCGGAGGAGGCCUGUGUGUGCGUGAGUAUGUGUGAAUGUGUGUGUGCACAAGAGCUCUCCUUGAUGUGAUUCUGAUAUGACUCUGUGAUUAUUGUAUUUCAAUAAAAGUUACAUAAAUAGUGCCAAAGCCAAA